CGACAACAACGACACACUUGAUAACAAUACAACACCAAAGCCCCAAUGACAGGAGGACCACAGAGCAGAAACGAAGAGAAGGAAGACGAGCUUCGAGGACGGGCAGGCGUCGCGGCAGUCAAGGCAGAGUACAUUGUCGAGCCGUCCUCGUCCACCGGCAAGCGUAGCGGCGCUGUCGACGACGAUGCCGCCGAGGCUGGAGGAAGCAGAGAAGGCGGCGGUGGCGGUGGUGACAAGCGUCAGAAGAACAAGAAGGGCUUCAAGACACGCACCACCGCAAAGGGCAAGCCGAAGGGCGAGGCCGCGAUCCGGAUCUGCAAGGCUUGGGAGACUGGCGUCGAGUGCCCCCGCGGCACGGGGUGCAAGUUCCAGCACAGCUGGGAUGGAUACUUUGAGGUCAAGCCUCACGACGUUAACUACGUCCCUUGGGCCACGCUGGUCGGCGAAGAACCUUACGUCGUCAAGUCGGAGCCAGUGGCUAGCGAGCACGACGACCUGAUCGGCAAGACGCUCGACCUCGGUACCACCUGCCCCGUAUUCAAGGAGCUCGGGUACUGUCCUGCUGGGUGGCGGUGUCGCUUCCUCGGCGCCCAUGUGCGCAGAGUAACGGGCGAGGGGCCGGACGGGCCAUUGCGUCUCGGACACUGGGAGAUCGGUCCAAAGGAGGAUCCGGCGGGCACCGAGGGCUCGCAUAUCAAGUUCAAGGAGCUAAACUGGACUACGCCCGGGAUGUUGAAGUCGCUGAAGCAGAACUCGUGGCCUUGGGACUUCUCACCAAAGUACCUCCACCACAUCGAGCCGCAGAAGGAGUUUACGCUCAACAAGAAGCGCGACUUCUACAAGAAGAAGGCUCCUGCUGGUGAAGAGGAUGAGGAGAGCGCGAUGAACGAGGAGGAGGCCAUGAACGCGGCACCACCUGUCAAGACUGAGCCCGAAGAGAAGGGCGUCAUUGACGGCGAGGCCGAGGCGAUGGACGUGCCGAUGCGCCCGGAGGAGAAGCGGCGCCUGAACUGGGAGAACGGGCUGUACCUUGCGCCCUUAACGACUGUCGGCAACUUGCCCUUCCGCCGCCUGUGUGUCGACUACGGAGCAACGAUCACCAUCUCGGAGAUGGCGCUCGCCCAGCCGCUGGUGACUGGCAGCGCCGAGGAAUGGGCCCUCGUUCGCCGCCACGAGUCGGAGAAGAUGUUUGGUGUGCAGCUUGCCGGCGGCUUCCCCAACCGCAUGGUCCCUGCUGCUGAGCUGCUCGCCAAGGAGCUCGGCCCUAGCGGCAUCGACUUUGUGGACAUCAACAUGGGCUGUCCUAUCGACUUGAUCUUCCAGCAGGGCGCAGGCAGUGCUCUGAUGGACCAGCCGACCCGUCUUGGCAAGAUCCUUGUUGGCAUGAACCGUGCCCUUGGCGAGAUCCCCCUGACCGUCAAGUUCCGCACUGGUAUCCUCAACAACAAGCCCAAUGCACACAAGCUGAUGCCACGGUAUGAGACCGAGUGGGGCGUCUCUGCCAUGACUCUCCACGGUCGCUCGCGUCAGCAACGCUACUCGCGUCUUGCCAACUGGGACUACAUCAAGGAGUGUGUCGAAGUCGCACGCGAGGCUGUCAAGGAUGCGGGCAUGGCGCCGAUUCCCAUCUUUGGCAACGGCGACUGCUUUUCAGCCCAGGGUUACUACGAGGCGAAGGAGAAGACGGGCGUUGAUGGUGUCAUGCUGGCGCGCGGCGCGCUCAUCAAGCCAUGGCUCUUUACGGAGAUUGCCGAGAGGCGAGAGUGGGACAUUUCAGCGACGGAGCGUCUCGAGGGCAUUCGCAAGUUUGCAGAGUAUGGCCUGAGCCACUGGGGCAGCGACACGCUGGGUGUCAACCUGACUCGACGAUUCCUCUGCGAGGCCCUGUCGUUCCAGCACCGCUACAUCCCCAUCGGUCUGCUCGAGCGCAUGCCGCCGAUGAUCAACGAGCGCCCGCCGUCCUACAAGGGCCGCAACGAGCUGGAGACGCUACUGGCGUCGCCGUACGUGGGCGACUGGCUCAAGAUUGCGGAGAUGUUCCUGGGCCCACCUGACGAGAGCUUUACGUUCUCGCCAAAGCACAAGAGCAACGCGUAUGGCAGCGAGGAGGCGCAGGGAUAGGGGGGGUGAGGGCGAUGGUGGCGGCAGCGGUUACACCUCGGCCACCACGUCGCGAGGCCGGUGGGCUACGCGAGCGUAGCGAUGGCGUCCCAGUACACGCUCGCGAAGGCCGCGUCUUGGCGCCGGUGUGCCGGGCGUGGUAUACGUGCUCUAGACUGCAAUGCAUGGCUUGCAACCAAU